AUGACUCCUGUCCGUAGACCAAGUUUAAGCACUAGUCCUUCCAAUGAUUUGAUAUUGGAAGACCCCAAUGCCCCUCAUGUUCCGCGACUAACUAGAAGAUUAACUGGUUUCCUUCCUCAGGAAAUUAAGGCUAUCGACACAAUGAUUCCCUUGCAAUCGCGGGAGAUCUGGAAUAAGCACAGAGUUAAAAAAUUCAACACUGGAGACGAGUUUCAAGAGAAAUUUAUCUCUCAUGUAGAAUGGACUUUGGCCAGAUCUCUGUACAAUUGUGAUGAUUUGGCUGCGUAUCAGGCAACUUCUGAAUCAGUACGUGAUAACUUAGUCAUUGACUGGAAUAAGACGCAGCAAAGACAGACUGCACGCGACAGCAAAAGAGUGUACUACCUUUCUUUGGAGUUUUUGAUGGGGAGAGCGCUGGACAACGCUAUCAUCAACAUGCAGACAGAUACUUCUGAGAAGGAUGUCGGCGAAACCAAAGAGACGUUGACUUCUGGUAACACGUCGAGAGAGAUGAUUAAAAAUGCAAUUGGUCAGCUAGGUUUCAACUUUGAAGACGUUCUUGAGCAAGAACCGGAUGCUGCCUUGGGUAACGGUGGUUUAGGUCGGUUGGCAGCUUGUUUUGUUGACUCAAUGGCUACAGGAGAUUAUCCUGCUUGGGGUUACGGGUUACGCUAUCAAUAUGGUAUCUUUGCGCAAAAAAUUAUCAAUGGGUACCAGGUGGAAACACCAGAUUAUUGGUUGAACUUCGCCAACCCAUGGGAAGUGGAACGUUCCGAAAUCCAGGUGCCUAUCAACUUCUACGGUUAUGUCGAUAGAGCACAGUCGGGAAGCUCAACUCUUGCGCCAGUCGACUGGAUUGGCGGCGAAAGAGUUCUUGCAGUCGCUUACGAUAUGCCCAUACCAGGUUUUAAAACGUCUACCGUCAAUAAUUUGAGAUUGUGGAGUGCGAAGCCAACAACCGAAUUCGACUUCUCAAAGUUUAACAGUGGUGACUACAAAAACUCUGUAGAACAACAGCAGCGUGCAGAGUCCAUCACUGCCGUGUUGUAUCCUAACGACAACUUCGAACAAGGUAAGGAAUUGAGAUUGAAACAGCAAUACUUCUGGUGCGCUGCUUCAUUGCACGAUAUCGUAAGAAGGUUCAAAAAGAGUCGUAGACCUUGGAGUGAGUUCCCAGAUCAAAUUGCCAUCCAAUUGAAUGACACCCAUCCGACAUUGGCGGUUGUUGAACUUCAGAGAGUCUUGGUUGACUUGGAAAAAUUGGACUGGCACGAGGCUUGGGACAUCGUGACCAAGACAUUUGCAUACACGAACCACACUGUGAUGCAAGAGGCUUUGGAAAAAUGGCCAAUUGGGUUGUUUGGUCGUUUGUUACCAAGACACUUGGAAAUUAUUUUUGACAUUAACUGGUUCUUCUUGAAAGCGGUCGAAGAGAAAUUCCAGCAUGAUGUGGACCUUUUGGGUCGUGUGUCUAUCAUUGAAGAGGCCAGCCCUGAGAGGCAAAUCAGAAUGGCGUUUUUGGCCAUUGUAGGUUCCCACAAGGUUAAUGGUGUUGCUGAGCUUCACUCAGAUUUGAUCAAGACUACCAUUUUCCAAGACUUUGUGAAGAUUUACGGACCAAACAAGUUCACUAACGUCACAAACGGUAUUACGCCAAGAAGAUGGUUAAAGCAAGCAAACCCUAAGUUAGCCCAAUUGAUCAGCGACACAAUCGAUGACCGCGCUGAUAACUACUUGCUGGAUAUGUCCAAAUUAACUGCGCUUGCUAAGUUCGCGGAGGAUGAGACAUUCCAAAGCAAGUGGAACGACGUCAAGCAAUUCAACAAAUUGAGAUUGGCAGAUCUCAUCAAGAAAUUGAAUGGCGGUGUCGAUAUUAUCGAAAGAGACCACAUCAGAAACACUUUGUUCGACAUCCAGGUGAAACGUAUUCACGAGUACAAGCGUCAACAAAUGAACAUCUUUGGUGUGAUCUACCGUUAUCUAUCGAUGAAGGAAAUGCUGUCGUCCGGUUCUUCUAUCGAGGAAGUGGCCGAAAAGUACCCUCGCAAGGUGUCCAUCUUUGGUGGUAAGAGUGCGCCUGGUUACUACAUGGCAAAGCUUAUAAUCAAGUUGAUUAAUUCAGUGGGUGACGUCAUCAACAAGGACGACGAGAUCAAGGACCUGUUGAAGGUCGUGUUCAUUCCUGACUACAAUGUGUCGAAGGCCGAGAUCAUCAUCCCUGCCAGCGACCUGAGCGAGCACAUCUCGACAGCCGGUACCGAGGCCUCUGGUACCUCGAACAUGAAGUUCGUGAUGAACGGUGGUUUGAUCAUUGGUACCGUUGACGGUGCCAACGUGGAGAUCACCAGAGAGAUCGGCGAAGACAACAUCUUCCUGUUCGGUAAUCUGAGCGAGAAUGUGGACGAGUUGAGAUUCAACCACCAGUACCACAGUACCAAGCUACCCGAGUCGUUGAACAAAGUGUUGAACGUGAUCGAAAGUGGCGCGUUCUCUCCCGAGAAUCCCUCCGAGUUCAAGGCUCUGACCGACAGCGUCAAGUAUCACGGCGACUACUAUCUGGUGAGCGACGAUUUCGACUCGUACGUCGCGACCCAGGAGCUGGUCGAUCAGGUCUACCACAAGGACAAGGCUGCCUGGUUGAAGAAGAGCAUUUUGAGCGUUGCAAACGUCGGCUUCUUCAGCAGUGACCGUUGUAUCGAGGAGUACGCGGACACCAUCUGGAACGCAGAGCCUGUGAAGCCUGAAACCUGA